GCCAGAUGAGGUGGUUCGGGCAUCUGGUCAGGAUGCCACCCGACACCCUCCUUGGGGAGGUGUUUAGGGCAUGUCCGACCGGCAGGAGGCCACGGGGAAGACCCAGGACACCUUGGGAAGACUAUGUCUCUUGGCUGGCCUGGGAACGCCUCGGGAUCCCCCCGGGAAGAGGUGGACGAAGUGUCUGGAGAGUGGGAAGUCUGUGCUAAAAAAGAAAAGGAAAGAAAAUAGGCUCUGUAUACAAUGUCUGUGCUAAAAAAGAAAAGGAAAGAAAAUAGGCUCUGUAUACAAUAAUAUCACUGUGUUGCUAAAUUACCGCUGGACUGCAUCAGUGUAAAUUUAUUGGAUUAUAGCAAUUUUAUUUACGUUUUUUGUGUGUACCCGACCAAUAUAGUUUCGCCUUUACCCUUAGUUGACUGUCCCUUAACUCCUCCCCUCAGCUGGCGUCUCCUAGCAACUGAUGUAAACACUUCUACUGUUGUGGAAGAGGUUGUUAAUUGUUGGUGUUCGCAAGCGUGUUACUACGCUUUGAAAACAUUGCCAAUGAAGCUUUUUCAUGUUAUUCGUGCGAUGAAUUGAUAAUUGAAGACGAAAUUUACAAAUAUUUUGUCAAAUUUACUGGGCGGACUUGUGACGUCGGGUGGAUAUAACGCCAGCCAUCAUUCGCUUCACAAGAACUCAGGUUAUCUAUCCCUAUGGUAUUCUAGGGCCAUCAUCCGUAUCUAUAUGUUUACCGGAUUAAAGACUUGGACUGCUAAAAUAUUUUAGGAUUGUUUGUUUUCAUGCAAAUCCUCGUCACGUGUGGAUAAAAAAUAUACUUGACUAGGCUUUAUUGUAUUCAAUUAUUGGUUAAUUUUCGCAAAGAAGAAAAAAACAUGUGCAGCGAAUACUACGAGAGGCUUGAAAUAAACCGGAAUGCUACAGACGCAGACAUUAAAAAGGCGUAUCGACGCCUUGCACUCAAGUUUCAUCCGAGCAGCAACAAAGAACCAGAAAGUGCAGAGAUAUAUUACCUACUGGGGGAAGCCUACGACGUUUUGAGUGACCCUCGCAAAAGGGCAACCUAUGACAAGUUUGGAGUGGAAGGUCUCAAAGGUGGAAUCCCUUACGAGUUUGGGAGCGGCGGAGCUUGGUCGUCUAAAUAUGUGUACCACGGAAACCCUGACAAAACCUUCCGACAGUUUUUCGGCAGCGACAACCCGUUUGCAGACUUCUACACAAAUGAAGCCCCACUGCUGCUGGGGGGCCUCCUGCCAGAAGAGGUAAAAACACAGGACCCCCCUAUUGAGAGGGAUCUCCAUUUGUCCCUGGAUGACCUCUUUCAUGGUUGUACCAAAAAAAUCAAAAUAUCUCGUAGGGUUAUGAAUGAUGAUGGCUACACUUCUGGUAUUAAGGAUAAGAUUUUAUCAAUAGAUGUCAAACCUGGUUGGAAAGAAGGCACAAGGAUUAUUUUUUCUAAAGAAGGGGAUCAGGGUCCAGGCAAGAUCCCUGCAGAUAUCGUGUUCAUUGUGCGCCAGAAGAGUCACCCUCUGUUUAUAAGACAAAACAAUGACCUGAUUUAUAAGGCCCAAAUCUCUCUCGCAAUGGCAUUGACAGGCUGUUCUGUCAAUGUGGAUACACUCGACGGCCGACUACUCAACGUUCCCAUCAACGACAUCGUACACUUCACUUACCAAAAAGUGGUGACUGGAGAAGGGAUGCCACUUUCCCAGAAUCCUUCCCAGAGAGGAAACCUCAUCCUCACUUUUGGCAUACAGUUUCCUGAGCGUCUCUCUCCUGAGAGAAAGGAUCUCAUCAAACAAGCACUGCUUUUUAAAAUUUGAUUACGUCUGGAGUAUUUAUCAACAUGACAGGUUCUAUGAAGAUGAACGUGGAAUCUACUGCAGUGGUGCUCAUGGUCCCGUGCUGCUGCUGCUGCAUGGAGGAGGACACUCUGCUCUCUCCUGGGCAGUCUUCACUG